GGCCCUCUUGGAGGUAAACAACACCGCUGCCUGUCCCGCUCUUCAGUCCACUGUCAAACUUAUCUCGCGUGUCUGCCGUACGGCCUAGGAUAGCAUGCUCGAUUAUGCCUAAUGCAUUACUUUCAUGGACCAGUACCGGACAGACUCUUCCCAGCAGCCUUAGACCCUGCAAAAGUCCCGCGUUCUAGAUGUCACCAUCGCCUGGCUCCACCUGGACCAUACAACACUCACGGAUCACCUGCACCGCUUAUGUCUGUUCCCAGACCCAUUCUGCAUGUAGUACAAGACCUCCCCAGAGACCAUCCAACGCUUCCUGCGGUUGUUGGUGUGAGAAACUUUUGUCCCCGUGGUUUCCGCCAUGGCUGCCACUCCAACAUUUUGUAUCUAUCGCUUCAAGCUCAUCUUGAUGAUAGAGAAUGCUGGAAAGGACAUCUUGACCUUCAUUUUGAAGCGUGGUGCAAUGAAUUCUCCCACCACACCACCGGGCAUCUGCCUCAACCAAUACCUGGAUCAACUUCCUGCUACCUCAUCAGCCAACUAUGCCAGGAUGACUCGUAGACAAAAAAAUUAUGCACUUACCCACACUGACCUGCAGCAUAUUGAAAGCUCUCCAAUGUGGGACACCUUUGAUGUGACCUUGUUACACAAAGUAAUAAGACUCGCAUGCGAAAAUGUUGCUGGGAUUGAUGAUCCUGAAUGGCAUAACCCAAACAUGCUGGAGGGACUAGUAACAAGAAUCAGAGAUGAGCGGAAUGCCAUCUUUCGUGAAGUGAGAGUUUUCUCAGAGGCAGAGUAUGAGAUGAGAGUCAGAGAGUUAGAAAACCUUUUUGACGAAACCCUCAAUACAGCCAAAAUCAGAUACCAGAUUCCUGAUGCAGAUAUGAUACCUGUGAAGGAUAAAAUUCAGCAUGGAAUUGAUACCUUUAGAAAAAAUCAACUAGGGAAAGAAUUAGUUAUGAUGUCUUUGAAUUCAAUGCAGCAAGAAUUUAUGAGAGUGUGUCAGAAUAAAUUGAAAAGCAUUCAUAACAACCUGCUAACCUUUGAUCCUGUCUCCUUCCUUACUUACUCCCCACAACACCAAAUUCACAUUCAAGACAUAUUCUGCAGAAUGGACCUUGUGAAAAUAGGAGGAUGGUUCCAAGAGAAACAGGACAUCAACAUUUACGACAUAUUGACAGUGACACGUCACACAGAACAAAAUCCGCAACCCUCCACAUCAUCAUCCACGCCGUCAAUGUAUGGCAAGAGCCCACAGCUUAUUGUGAUCAAGGGAUUUACAGGAAGCGGUAAAACAACCCUACUCACCUACCUUCUCUCAGAGUGGCUUAAAGAUCCUGACGAUUGCACCAUCAGACACCUGCACGAAUACGACAUUGUCCUGCGCAUCUUGUGCCGUGAGAAUGACAGCCCAUCCCUCCAGGACUUUCUCAGACAGAUCAUGUCAAAUUAUUUUGCUGAGAUGGAAGAAUCUGUGAUCUUUCUACUAAGAUGCAAGGUUCUCUUCCUAAUUGAUGGCCUGGAUGUAUCAUUGCCAGGCAGUCGGUCAAAAGAGCUUGUAGUCGAUAUCCUCAAUAAAGUCAAAUAUUUUCCAAACUGCACACUUAUCUGCACAACACGCCCAGAAAUGAGAGAUGACUUCUUGGCCAAAGUACCUGGUUAUUAUCAGGUGUGGAACAUGGAGAUAAAAAGCGUCAGCCCUGAACAAAGAACUCAGUUUGUUCUGAAGCAUUACGCCAGCCUUCCAGAUAAUGGAAAUAAAGACCCUGAGAAGCUCAAAUACCUCAUGGAUUGUCUAGGUUGGAAUGAUUUCUUUAGCCUGCCUCUCAAUCUCCUUUGUGUUGCCAUUCUGUUUCACAUGAAUCCUAAUAACAUCAAGGUCACCACCACUCAGACCAGUCUGCAUGUCACCAUACAAGACUGGUGUAUACAAAAACUGCAGGCUAGACUUUCAGAUCAUUCAAAGGAUAAUCGGACCCAUGAGGAGGACAUCAGAGAGUUGCUGAAAGACAUGGAAGAUGUGGCCCUUCGGGGUCUCCUGCAGGACCAAAUCACUUUGUCGAAAGAGGAUGAGCGGUAUCUGUGGAAUUCCUUUCGCAAUAAAGGGUUGCCGAGCAGUGAAGUGUUUUCAGCAUUUUUUAAUUUGAUAGACAUCCGUGAAAGAUGGGGAUAUCAAAGUAGGUACUCGGUGCCCCACGAGAGCAUCCAGAAUUUCUAUAGUGCAUCAGGAAUUGUCAACAAGGUGGUGAAUGACUCACACUCAAGAAACAUACGGCACAUGCUUCACAACCCACCGCCUUGUCAGCUCAGGAAAUUGAGGAAUCUCCUCCGGCAUGUUGCUGGCCUCCUCUGCCACCCACAAACACCACUUUGUACUGCAGCAAUACAAGAGGUUGUAGACUUGCUGGCAGAGACUGGGAUGAAAGACUGUAACGAUUGGCUGUCUGUACUGGAAGACACUGAAGUGAACAGGAUUGCUUUGGCCUGUGUUGUCAAAUACAUUACACGUGAUAAGGAGGUGGUAAAAGUGACAGACAACACCAUCAAUAGUGCCAAGGCUCUACUCCCCAUCAUUUCCUCCAAGGAGGUAUGGAUAGACCUUUGCAGAAAGGAAUCAGACAUGCAGGGGCUCAUCUUUGAACACCAUCAAUACACUGAGCUGUCCCUCAACCACCAAUACAAGCAUCCAGACCAAGUCAAUCACUGUGACUCUUUGCUGUGUGCCACACCCAGGUGUUGCCUUAGGGUGUUCAAGGGUCACCUAAGUACUGCUGGCACACAGCUGUUGCAGGAGUGUCAAGACCUGAAGGUUCUCCACCUGGCUGUGUGUGACCAAAAUGCCCAAGGGGUUCUUUCUGUCAUCAGGGCCAUCCACCCAUCAUUGCCUAGACUAAGUAGCCUUGUGCUACACAUCCCCAUCCCAGCCGUGAGGACAGACAGAUGCACCAUGCGGCUUCCUGAUGGCCUGCAGGUGUCUCUUGUGUUGUCUGGUAUGAACAAGAAGCUGCUGGAGAAAGCAGCCAGGAUAGCACAGGCGCUGCAACCCACAAUGGAGGGAUGGAGGGCCAUCAUGUUCCCAGGAAGUAGCAUGACAGCAGAUGUGUUGCAGUGCUUACUUGAGAAGUUGGCUACUGCUGGUGUCAAGGUGUGGAGUAGUGUGGAGGGGACACUUGAUGGUGGUAUUUUAGUACCAGAAACCAGUCCUAUCACAGAGGAGGAGGAGAGGAACCUGUCCAGCCUCGCCAAGACCAUGUCGUUGGGCUGUUUAUCUAGAAAGUCUGAAGACCUCAUGGAAGUGGAAUCUCUGUGACCACCAACUCAUCUGAAUUGUAAUUGGGUUCACUUACAAGACAACCUUGGCUACAUGUGUCAGGGAGAAAAUUUCUCUUCAACUACAACUCCUUAAUGCUCAAAAUUGUUUAUGUAUCUGGUCUGUAAAGAAAUUUCAGGUCAGCGGGCCAAUAUUUCACACAAACUGUAAUUUUCUCUUUGUUCAGAUCAUUGUAAACCAUUAGAAAAUAUUCUCUCUCUCUCUCUCUCUCUCUCUCUCUCUCUCUCUCUCUCUCUCUCUCUCUCUCUCUCUCUCUCUCUCUCUCUCUCUCUCUCUCUCUCUCUCUCUCUCUCUCUCUCUCUCUCUCUCUCUCUCUCUCUCUCUCUCUCUCUCUCUCUCUCUCUCUCUCUCUCUCAACCCAGGAGGUGUGACUUGUCAUGGUGACAGGGCUUGAAGAGUGGUUGGAGGUGCCACCUUCUUUGAUGACUUGCCUGUCACUGGAUUUUAAAUUUUAGACUUAAUAGUGUAUUAAGCCAGAUUAGUUAUAAAAUUGUACAAAGAAAAUUAUUGUUUUUCACUGGCUGAGCCUAAUGAGAGUAAGAAUUCUCAUAAUAGACUCUCAUCUGUCUUCACUUGUUGGUUUUUAUAAUACUUUAAUAUAUAGUUAUAUAGUUAUUCAUUUAAUAAACAUCCUCUCCCACACACACACACACACACACACACACACACACACACACACACACACACACACACACACAUGCACACACACAUACACACACACACACACACACACAUACACACACUGUGUAGUGUAGUAGUUAACACGCUCAGCUCACAACCAAGAAAGCCUGGGUUCGAAUCCCUGGCGCAGCAAGGCAAAUGGGUGAGCCUCUUAAUGUGUAGCUCCUGUUCACCUAGCAGCAAGUAGGUAUGGGAUGUAACCCAAGGGGUUGUGACCUCACUGUCCUGGUUUGUGGUGUGUAAGUGGUCUCAGUCCUACCCAAAGGUAAACACUAUGAGCUCUGAGCUCUUUCCAUAGGCAACUAGGGGAACAGCUGGCUGGGUGACCACCAGACAACUGUGGGUGAAUCUCACACACACACACACAUGCGUACACAUGCACACCGGCCAGCUGUUCAGACACAGGUGCCAGAGCUCCUGAAUAUGCAAGCUACUUGAUCUGGACAAAACAAUGAGGCCUAGUAAUGUAUAUGCAGGAGUGAGAAGGGGUUACAGAGUGACCUGUCUCCAAAUUUAUUACAUAAAGAAGUAUUUUGAGGUUAAAAGAAAUUGAAGAAAAGAAAGAUCUAAGUGGUGCCACAAGUCAUGAUGCUUUUGUAAACAAACCAAGUGAGGAGGUGAGACAGAAGGCACAUUUUAUUGAAACCCCUGUGGACUUGAGACAAUUGGUGGAAGCAAGUGAAGAAAGGAAUUUUUCAGGAUUCAGAGAAGAGAAAGGAAAUAUGAGGAGGAUAAUCAGUGUAGAUAAAAAAAUAAGGUGCAUGAGGGAACAGAUCUCUGGCAUCUGGAAAAGCAGAACAAACUUAUUAUGGAAAACAAAGAAUUGAAAAAGAAGUAUAGUAAAUGUGAGAGUGCUCUAAAGAUAAACAAUGAGAUGAAAGAGGCAAUGGAGGAACUAAAGAAAGAAAAUGAGAUACUCAUGUGUAAUGAAUAUGAAGUAACUCUGCAAGGGCUGCAACAAAAGGUGGAGGAUAGUGCAGGUAAAGUGGAAGGGGCAGUAUGUGAAACCAAACUGGAGGAACUGAGAAAUGCCUGGAAGAAAGAACAUGAGGAGGAAAAAGUUAGCUUCACAGAGGUGGUUAAAAAACAAAUACAGGAAAAUACCAAGGACACAGUAAUUCAAGUAAUUAAAGAAAAGGAGGUUUUGGUGAGAGACACAGUGGACAAGAAGAAAUGUAUGGUCUUUUUCAGACUGCAAGAGAAGAAAAACCUAGUAAAGUCUGUCAGGGAGAGAGAAGAGAAGGAGUUGGUAAGGAAAAUUAUUACACUGGUCCAAGAGGAGGAAUGGACUGGAACGAGGUGGAAGAAGCAUAUAGAAUUGGAAAAUAUAGUGAAGGAGGUAAAAAACCAUUAAAAGUGAGAAUGAGAUCCCAAGUUGCAGUAGAGGAGAUCCUAGCAAGAAUUGGGAAGCUGGCUGAAAGUUCAGAAUACAAAAAUAUUUGGGUAAAAAGAGAUAUGGACUUGGAAGAACAGGAAAAAGAGAGGGAUCUGAGAAAUGAAGCUAAGGAAAAAAAACAAGAAGAACAGAGACCGAGAAGAGGAAAUUUUAUUGGAGGAUACUAGAUAUGAGAGCAAGGAAAUGGUAUAUUCGGGAAAGGGAACAAGAAAUGAAAGAACCUCAGCAGCAGACAGAAAUUACAAGUGGUAAGAAAAGUAGUGCAUUAAGAGUAGUGUAUACAAACAUUGAUGGGUUACUUUCAGGUGUACUGAAAGUGAGAUAUUACUUAAGGAAAA